CGGCCCAAGACCGUCUCGCAACGAAGCGCCGCAGCUACAAGUCGACCAAGCGCCAGAGUCACCGGGCGCUGAAGCUCCCGAACCUCAACCGCUGAAGCUCCCGAACCUCGACCGCUAAAGCUCUAGGAGCCCAGAAGCUCCACAGACCGAAACGAUCGUAACCGCUUUACGCCGCUCACACGAAGAUAUCCUCGGCCACGAGACGAUCAGACCUGGCAAGCUCGGACUCAUUGCCGUGCAGGGACAGACCUUAGAAGCUUAGUGGACCGCUGCCUCCACUAUGGAGGACGGCGCGAUGCAACUGGUGCCCGGGCGGAGCAUCGGCUUCAUGACAAUCGGCUCUUCUUUGCACGAGAUAUUGACCACAAUAAAGGCAGAGGUCCGGGCGUUUCCGCGCUUUCAUUUGUACCACGAUGACUUGCGGCCCAUCGCAUCGCCCGUUCACGUCGUUCUCCCGGAUAACGGCCUACGACUGCAGUUCGAUGGCCCAGACCAGCGAUUGCGGCUGAUUGAAGUGCUCGACUUCACGAAAGCGAGACUCGUAUACAAGGACGUAGAAGUCUUCAAGCCUACCGAAGGUCAUGGUGGCAUACCCGCGGGAGCCUCAGGGCCCAGAUUUAGGCAUAUAUAUGAUAAGCUGCUGGGACCAACGUAUGGAGGCGAGUACCACCCUCCAAGUAAUGACGACCCCAAUGCGAACGGCAUCUACAACCUCUCGUACCCAGGUGUAGCCUUCAACUUCCCUGUCCAGCAUUCUGCGUAUUCUCCGAAGAAGGACUUCAUAUCACUGCUAUCGUCUUCGGCAACUGGGCCUGCAAAGUCCAUGGCCAUCUUCAGUGGCGAGUCAUGGCAGAAAGCGCGAGGCUCUCUUUUUACAGCUCCUGCACCCAAUCCGAGAACUGUCGCAUUGUCAGGAAAGGGCAAAGAGGGUAGCCCGGACGAGAUCGAGCAGGUAAGAGUGCACGGAGAAGGGCGUAUAGAGCUUGUGCGGCGAUCAAGUCCUGCAUUCUGGAUUGUUUUAAGCGAAACUACCCCACAGGAUCUGAUCAUGGAACUGGGAGCGCCGGAUUCGAUCUACAGGAAGAACGACCACCGACUGUUGAUACACAAAGACCGCAGGAUGAGCGAUGUAUCCGAGACUUCUGGUGCAAGAUUGACGCCCGAUGAAUUGCUGGGUUCGGAUCAUGGAUCGGCAAUUGACACUGAUGAUGAUGAUGAUGACUGGGAAGGUGACGAUGAAGCGGCACUUGAGGCUCAGGAACGCGAAGUGGCCGCAGCUGAGCACUUCUACAACUACUACCAUCAUGGAUUCGACAUUCUCAUCUCACAACCGACCCAAAUAUCUCCGCCCUUGCAAGCGUCCGGCAGCCUGGCGUCUCAGGGCGAACUAAGUGUUCAACCACUUAACCAUCUCACAGCCACCAAGGUUAUAUUCCAUGGCAACGUACCCGGAUCGUACCAAUUCAACCGCCACCGGCGUUCACGAUGGACCCUUGACCAUGUCCCGUCCGAGCUUCGAAGAGAGCCGUUGAAUUCUGAGAUGACGUUUGCCGACAUUUCGAGAGAACUCAAGCAGGUCUAUCGAGACUCUUAUGCAACAGAGGAGGUUGAACGCUUGCAGCAGCGUGGUAUGGCUCUGAAUAGGGGUUGGGGCGAUAGUCCGGGCAGCAGCGUCGAACUUCUGGGUGGAUGGGAAGAUAGUUCCAACAAGAAGGGCAAGUUUGCGAACGCAGGUUCCGACAUGCUGGAAGGUGCUGGUGACGUUGGAAACGUGGAGCUCUUCGGAUUUCCUGGCUUAGUAUUCGAGGUCUUGAAGAAUGGAGCUGUGAGUUCUCUCACUGUCUAUUGAGGACCGGAGCUCUUCUUGUCGGGUCAGAUCAGAUCACUGUUUGGCUGAAUUGCGCUUUGUACUAGAGUUUCCGUUUGGCGUUGCCUCAUACUGCGGCGUAUCAGAAACCUCGAUGAGUUAACACAUGAACGUGUAACUGAACGACUCAUACCACCAAUAAAAUACCACAUGUAUUUAUUCCCAAGCUUUUACCGCUGAUGUUCGUCGCAUAUAUUGAACCCAUACCAACGAGACGGCAGUCGGGGUUGGUGGUCGCUGUCCAGGUUCAGCCGAAGAAUC